CCACACAAAAAUUCAGGUUUUUCAGAGCCUUAUAUAUACACCCAUUCUGUCCAUCUCAGCUCCAUGUACCCUCACAUGUUCCAACAAUCACAUGCAUUCUUGCAAAACCAACACACCCAAAGAAAAGAUCUCAUCAAGCUCAAGCAGCAACAGUACACACAAUUGAGCUAGCUUGAUCGUCCUAAUUAAGGAUGGGAAUCCAGGAAAUCGUCAAGAUCUCUCUCCUUGCACUAGGCAUCCUCUUCAUGGCGACGUGGGUGCCUCACAUGUACUCCUUCAUGAGGGCUUUGUUCAUGGUGUACCUCCCCUCCUUCACCUCGGCCGUCGUCGCGCCCAAGUGCCUCUUUGUCUUCUCCAACAUCAUCGUCGUCUUCCUCGUCGGCGAGUCUAAAUUUGGGCAUCCCAAGAUCGACAAGGAGAAUGUUGCUGCAGUGGUAGAGGGUGACAUGGUGGUCCAUGAGAAGGAAGGAGAGGAGGAGGUGGUGGUGGACUCGGUGAUUCCGGCGAUCACCGGAGAUGAUCGGUGCGAGGAGCUGGAAGACGAAGAAUUCGCCGUUCUAGAAGAACAAGUGGAUGCAUUGUUGAGUUCUGAUGGUGUAGAGAUUGAUCAAAUCAGAGAGGAAGGUCAUGAUCUAGCUGUUGGUGAGAUACUCAUCACUGACAUGAUGAGAAAGGAGGAAGAAGAAGGUGUUGUUGAUCAGUUAGUCCUUGAAGAUGGGGAGGUUUUGGUUGUGGAGGAAAGAGGUCGGCGCGAGGCCGAGGAGGCGGCGGAGGAGAGGGACGAUCUCCCGCCGGCCGACGAGCUGAACCGGCGAGUGGAGGAAUUCAUCGCAAGGUUCAACAUGGAGAGGCAGCUGGAGGCCAGGAUGCUGGUCUGCUGCUGUUGAGGUGCAUAACGCACUGCUUUUUUUUUUGUCUUAAUUACUGUAUAUUAAUUUUGAGUUCUGAUAUCAUGUAUAGAAGAGGAUAUAGUCAGUUCUCCCCUCUGUACAGAAUAUGAGUAGCUUUGAAUCAAGUACCAUCAAUUUUGAUACAUUAUCCAAUCAUGUUAAUAUAUGUAUUUAAUUUUGCCAGGAUUAAUUAAUAAUAUUACGUCUAAGUUUA